CUUCUCUCCUCGCGCUUUACUCAGAUUCGAACACCGGCCAAGUGACCGCGUCUUAAUCACGCGCUUCUGCGCGGCCGCGGAAAUAAGUACCCCACACCGGGCCCCGCUCGCUUCGAGCACCUCUUGCUUCCAACCACCGCCGUCCUUCUUUUGCUCGAGGCGUACAUACCCCGAGGACGCAUUCAACAAUGACUGCCAGGCUGCCUGUCAUCCCCCUUCCCCACCCCCUUAUCCUCCUCCCCGCAUCCCGGCUCUCGCUCCCCAUCAGCACCGAGCUCGGUGAGGCGCUCCUUGGGCUCAUUAGCGAGUCCGACUCGCUCCCGAUCAUUGCUGCUGUGCCGGUAGUCGAUAACGAAGCACAAUCGCUCGCCGAGGUCGGGACAUGCGCGCGCGUCUUGCGCCUGGUCAAGCCUACGUCCCGGAAUGCGAAGGACCCGUAUCUCGUCGCUCUGCAUGGUCUCUCUCGCGUCCGCUUACCGGCUGGGCCGAGAUCCUCGCCACCUGAUUUGUGCGCGCACCCCGUGGAGUACGAAGUCGCGACGAACAAGGUGCCGAAGAGCGCUUCGGUGGACAGGUUCCGGACGAGCGCCUUGCGGCUGCUGGACGGACUCGCACGCACAGCGAAGGCGCAUGCGAAGCGGGAGACGUAUGCCAAGAUGGCGAGCGUGCUUGAGGCCGCGCCCGAUCCCAAGACGCCCUGGAUGGCAGACCUGCUCAUGGGGAGCAUGAACACGGACUACGAUGACAAGUUUGCAAUGCUCGGCUUGUUUGACAUCAACGAGCGCCUGGAGCACGCCGCGCAGGUCUUCUCUAAGAUCUCCUCCAUAUCCGAGGUCUCGCGCAAGAUAUCCUCAUCCAUCGACGAGUCGCUAUCGAAGCAGCAGAAGGAGUUCUUCCUCCGGCAGCAGCUCGCUGCCAUCCAACGCGAGUUGCAAACUCUGCGCAGCGAUGGCCCCUCUUCGCCGACUUCGCCCAACUCUGAUGCACCGCCCUCCGAGCUCGACGACAAUGAGCAGGCGGACGCGGACGACAUGUCGGACCUCAAGCGCAAGAUAGAAGCCAUGGCACCCGGGUCCGAGGAGCGCAAGAUGGGUGCCCGCGAGUGGAAGCGCCUGAAGCGUAUCCCUCAGGGAAGCGUGGAGAAUGGGGUUAUACGCUCUUAUCUCGAGUGGCUCACGUCACUACCGUGGCCGACGACCGCCGCGCGUACUGAGGCGCCCGCCCGCGUCCGCACCCGCGCUUUCCUCGCCAGCGCGCGCGAGCAGCUCGACCAGGACCACUUCGGCCUCGACAACAUCAAGAAGCGCAUCAUCGAGUACCUCGCCGUCGUCCGGCUUCGCGAGCUCGCCGCGCAGGUCCCGCCCUCGCCGACCGCUACCUCCAGCGCCGUCGUCUCGUACGACCCCAGCGUCAACAAAUCACCCUCUAGCAAGCCGCCGCCGCGCACGAACGUCGCCAAGCCACCGAUUCUGCUCUUUGUCGGCCCGCCGGGUACGGGGAAGACGAGCUUAGGGCAGUCGGUGGCGCGCGCGCUGGAUUUGCCCUUCCAGCGGAUCUCGCUUGGCGGCGUGCGCGACGAGGCAGAGAUUCGCGGGCAUCGGAGGACGUAUGUGGCCAGUGCACCGGGGCUGAUCGUGCAGGCGCUCAGGAAGGCGGGGCGCCCAGACUUCGUGAUGCUUUUAGAUGAAGUGGACAAGUUGGGAGCCUCCAACUUCCAUGGCGACCCUUCAGCCGCAUUGCUCGAGGUGCUUGACCCAGAGCAGAACCACUCGUUUAAUGAUCACUACCUCUCGGUACCCGUCGACCUCUCGCGCGUCCUGUUCAUCUUGACCGCCAACUCGCUGGACACUAUGUCCGGCCCGUUGCUCGACCGCUGCGAGGUGGUCCGGCUGUCAGGCUACACCUACGACGAGAAGAUGUCGAUCGCGCGCCGAUACUUGAUCCCCAAACAGAUCCGCGCUUGCGCGCUAGAGCAAGAGCCAGCUUCGACGGAGAGCAAAGAUGCACAACUUGCUCAGGCUGGUGCUCAGCUCGGCAACUCAGACACGCAGCUCGUCAAGGCGGACCCAACGGUUGUCAAGGUCGGGGGCCCGCGGGUCAUCAUCACCGAGCCCGCCCUCCUCACCAUCGUCACCAAGUACACCCGCGAAGCCGGUGUCCGCAGCCUCGAGCGCGCCAUCGGCUCUGUCGUGCGCUACAAGGCCGUCGAGUGGGCCGAGCACAACGAGGACGCGGCAUCCCAAGCAUCGUCCGCUCGCCCCUACAACCCCGUCGUCGAGGAGCACGAGCUGGAGGCUAUCCUCGGCAUCCCGCGCUACGAGGAGGAGCGCGAGCGCGAAGCGCGCCCGGGCGUCGUCUACGGCCUCGUCGUCACCGGGCAGGGCGAGGGCGGCAUCAUGCCCAUCGAGAGCACCUCUGUGCCCGGCAGCGGCGCGCUGAAGACGACGGGCAGCCUCGGCGAUGUGAUCCGCGAGAGCGCGGAGCUGGCGCUGACGUUCGUGAAGCGGCACGCGUAUGACUUGGGGAUCACGGACACGCGGUCGCAGGACCCGUUGCGGCAUCCGUCGGUCAUCGACGUGCACCUGCACCUCCCCGCGGGAGCGCAGAAAAAGGACGGGCCGAGUGCGGGGACGGCGAUGACCUGCGCGUUGGUGUCGCUGCUCACGGGCCUCACCGUGCCCACGCAUGUGGCGAUGACGGGGGAGAUCACCCUCCGCGGCCGCGUCACACCCGUCGGCGGGAUCAAGGAGAAGGUCCUCGGCGCGCACCGCGCGGGCAUCACGCGCGUCAUCCUCCCCUGCGCGAACCGCAAGGACGUCGAGCACGACGUCGCCGCCGAGAUCCGAAACGAGAUGGAGUUCGUGUUCGUGCGCACCGUGCGCGAGGCGCUUGAUGCGGCAUUUGGCGAGAGGAAGCUCGCGUGGCGCCGGGACGUCCAGCUGCCGCUUAUGGAGAGUCGGAUGUAGGCAUAUAUGCAGCCGGGUGUAGGCGCAUGAGCAGCCGGAUGUAAGGAGGAAAUACGGACUAUAUGGAAGGUCAAGGAGGGACCUCCCGUGUAUAGGGACUGCUGACGAUACUUAUGUCCAUUGACGAUACCUUAUGUCUAUAACGAGUUCAAGUGUACUUCUAGGAUAUCCCCUGCUCCAAUGUACAAAUAUCAUUCUGGUUCCAGAUCA